UCUAUUCCUACAUAACAAUUUCGUUUCUACGUGCGAUGUGUGAAUAUACGUAUGUGUAUGUGUGAAAAAGAAAGAGAGAGAGAGGAAGAAAACAAAGAUUAUACAAAAAAAUGAUUCCUGUAAAUACGAAGAAAUUAUUAAGAAGAAGUUACAUAGAAAAACUAAGGGCGCAAAGCAAGAUAUAUGCAGCACUGUGUAAAGUUAGCACGAAACCGGUCAGUCAGUAUCGUACCUGGUGAAAGCUAUAUCUGAUUAAUUAAAAAGUAAAAUCGGUACGACUAGGGACGAAGCGAGUCAUGCAUCGAUCGCGAAGACGUCUUAUUAAUCAACUAAUUAAAAUUACUAUUGUGUGCGGUUUGAUCUUGAUAUUAUUUAAAUUGAACGCCACAAUUAAAAGGAAUGAAGCCGAGUCGGUAUUAAGUUCAUCAGAUUUAUUGGAUCAGGCAGAAAAAAUUAAUAAUGAAAGAUUGUUGACCGUUGAUAAAGUAUGUAAAAAAUACAGACUAGGUAUUUACAGGGAUUCGAGCAAAGUUUCUUUUAAACAUCCACCUGCACCUCAAUACAGCGUUUUCUAUAUCGUUAGAGCUCAUAACAUAUCAUACUGUCCAUUAUAUAAAGCCAGCAGUACAACUUGGUUAUAUAAUUUAUGUCUGUUAAUGAAUAUAUCGGAAAAAGAAUUAAACAAUGGUAAAGAACAAUUAUCGACUAUUGCUAGGAGAGUCAUAGCCGAAUUAGAAUAUCCUGAAGCUGACGAGGCAUUGAGAAGUACAAAAAAAUUAUUAGUGAUAAGGCAUCCAUUUGAAAGAUUGUUAAGUGCAUAUCGAGAUAAACUGGAAAAUUCUGUGGCCGGUCGUGAGCAUGGAACUCUUCAUUUUUAUCAAAAAUACGGAGCCAUGAUCGUUCGAAAGUAUCGUAAUAAGAACUUCGUAAAACCUCAAGACGAUCAAGUGAUCGUAAGAAAAAAUGUUCCACCAGCAGCAGGAAUCGAGCCAACGUGGCGAGAAUUCGUUGAGUACUUGAUCAACACAGAUUUAGCUAACUAUAGUGACGAUCAUUGGAUUCCUUAUUAUCUCUAUUGUACACCGUGUCUCGUUAAAUACGACAUCAUCGCCAAGGUGGAAACUUUAUCGCGAGAUCAAAUUUACGCGUUGAACAAACUAGGAUUAGACAAAAGGAUCAAACCAACUUGGAGACACGGUAGUGGUUAUACGAACGCAUCUAGCAUCUAUUUUAAACAAUUGAGUCGAAAGAUGGUAGAAAGACUUUACGAAAAGUAUAGAUUGGAUUUUGAACUUUUUGAUUAUUCAGCUGAAGAUUAUUAUCGAUACGCCGUAGCUCUUAAUUAAAUGAAAAAAAAAAGAAAGAAAACGAGAAAACAAAAGAUCAUACCUUGAUAUCCUGAAGUAACCAUACUCACAUAUUGAGUGUGUUUUUGCAAAAAAGAAGCCACUACCAUAUGUGUAUAUCGAUCUUCCUCUUGUCUACCACUACCUAAAAAGCAA